AUGAUCGCUCAACGAAGCGCGCUGAGCGCGCGAUCGAUCGCGACGCCGAAGGCGACCAGGCGAUCCGCCGUCGUCGCCGCCGCGGCCGACCGUAAGAUGUGGCUCCCGGCUCCUUACAAGGCUCCGGCGCACCUCGACGGUUCCAUCGCCGGGGACUAUGGUUUCGACCCGCUCGGCUUGGGCACCAACCCGGACCGAUUGAAGUACUACCAAGAGGCGGAACUCAUGAACGCUCGUUGGGCGAUGAUGGCCGUCGCUGGCAUCGUCGGUACCGAAGUUGCGGGCAUUGAGCCGCGCUGGUGGGAAGCCGGCACGGAGGACUAUGGGUUCCCGCCGGCCGCCUUGCUCGCGAUCCAAUUCCCGGUCAUGGGCUAUUUGGAGAACAAGCGCAUUCAAGGUUGGAUGGCCACCGGCAGCUCGGGCGUGAACGAGACGUUCCCGUUCGACCCAAUGGGCAUGGGCUCCAAGGAUGCGAACAUGAAGCUCAAGGAGAUCAAGAACGGCCGCGCCGCGAUGAUCGCCUUCGUCGGCAUCGUCGUCCAAGCGAUCGUCUACCGCGAGGGCCCCGUUGCUGCCCUGAAGGAUCACAUCUCCAACCCGUUCGGGUGCAACAUGGCGACCAACAUCAUGAACAUUCCGGUCAACCUUGCGUAA